GCUCGUAAAUUUUGCUCUCUGUACAUUUUUCAUUAUACUGUCCCUAGCGCCGUUCUUCCUUUCUCUCUCUAUCUUCACCGACGGUGGUGGUGGAGGGCUUCUCUCAUUGGUGGCUAUCCCAGACGCGUAUUUCAGAACAGAGAAAGAAAAGUUGUUAAGAUGUCAGAAUUGGUUUUACUUUUGAUGGCGUGUGAAAUGGGUAUAUAUCUAUGGAUUGUAAUAGCAAAGCCCUAUUUCGCUUUCUCAUUGUUGGUUUCUGCUGCCGUUCAGAAUGGAAAGAAUUUGUUCUUUUACUUGGAUAUGGAAGGAUGCAUAGAAGGUGUUCGAUGAAAUGUCUGAAAAAGGAAAGAAUUUCAUGGGGAGGGAUAAAAUGGUUGUUUCUUUGGUGGGUUUGUGGAUUCCAUAUAUGGGUGGGUUUUGAGGUCAUAGAUCUGACGAGUUAAGGGAAAUUGUUGGGUGAAGGAAUGAAUGAAUGAUGAAAAUGGAAGGAGAUGGAGGGAGAGAGAGAGCAAAAGGGCAGGAGAGUGACAGAAGAGAGUGAGCACACGCUGCAGCCAAAUGUAUGAAGGGCAUACCUUUGCGGGUGCGUGCUCACUUCUCUUUCCGUCAGCUUCGCUUCCCCAUUAUUUUCCCUUCUGCUCUCUUCUUCUCUCUCUUCUCCUCUCCUGUUUUUUCCUCCUCUGAUGGACUAAUGGAACAAUGACACUGGCGGAGUUGAAGCGGCCUCUUCGAAGUUUCAAGCGGCGCCUUUGUAGUCUACAAUUUCGCAUCCACACUCUUAAUUUGUCAGGGUGUGAGACUGAAUCGACUUGAGUGCUGAAUAUGGCAACAGUCCCUCGUUUUGGAUGCCUGAAGGGGCUGAUGUUUUCGAGUCCGAGAUAUGGAGCUUCCAAACCGGAAAAUUUCCUCAUUCAGCACUUGUUUGACGUUUGGAGGCAACAGCCUGCUUAUUUUUCUCUUAUCCUCAGAUUAACCAUCACCACCACCCCCACUGCCCGGGUAAGAGAACCACCAUGAAACAGGAGUUGUCAAGUAUGAUUUCAAAAGCCAAGACGAAUGCAAUUGGGGAAGAUUGCAUCACUUGCCCAUUCCCUGCCAGUGGAUGUAGUAGACAAGGAAGGAGUUUAACCUCAAAAUUCAAAGGUGUUGUGCUUCAGCAGAAUGGCCACUGGGGUACUCAAAUUUAUGCUAAUCACCAUCGUAUUUGGCUCGGCACAUUCAAGUCGGAAGACGAGGCAGCCAUGGCUUAUGAUAGUGCAGCUAUCAGAAUCAGGAGUGGAGAUUGUCAUAGAAACUUUCCUUGGACCAAAUUCACUAUUGAAGAGCCUAACUUUCAGAAUCUUUACACUACAGCAGCUUUGCUUAGUAUGUUAAAAGACAGUUCUUACAGAACUAAAUUUGCUGAGUAUUUGAGGGAUUGUUUGGAAAGCGCACAAACAGCCAGUCCCUCUGCAGAAAAGCUACAUGACAAUGGACGGACAUCUAUUAAGCAACUUUUUCAAAAGGAGCUAACACCGAGCGAUGUUGGUAAGUUAAACAGAUUGGUCAUCCCAAAGAAAUACGCUGUUAAAUACUUCCCUCACAUACCAGCUAGCACGAUAGAUAACGUGAAACGUGUUGAUGAUGAUUGUGAUGUGCAGCUAGUAUUAUUUGACAAAAUGAUGAGACAAUGGAAAUUUCGAUACUGUUACUGGAAAAGCAGCCAGAGCUACGUUUUUACGCGAGGUUGGAAUCGGUUUGUGAAAGAAAAACAACUGAAAGCUAAUGACACAAUAACUUUCUACUUGUGUGAAGCAGCAAAGGCAAGCGAUGCUAACACUACAUUCUGUGUGGUGGAUGUUAAAAACCGUGACAACCAUGGUAGCUUGACUGAGAAUGAAAUCACAAGCAGCGAAAUGCAGCUAGAUUUGAGUCAUGAAGAAGUUAAUGGAUCGGUGUUGCCUAAGCAUGCCGACGAUGAACUAAAUGAUGAUCUUGAAGUCUCAGGCUUCAAACUGUUUGGAGUGCAUAUUAAGGGGAAGUUCGCGGGUCAAUGUUUUUGCCUGCCCCGAUCGGUAGCAGCUGGGUUUCCCGGGCUGAUUUGAUUGGAUAGCCUGUUCAGUUUAAAAUUUGCAGGGAAAGAUUACUCUUGGGUUAUUGCAAUUGAACAAGCAUUCAACAAGUUUCUGAUACCCUGUCAAAUUCAAGUAAGAAGUGUACAUUAUAUUUGUGCAUACACACACGUUCAGAUUAUUCUCCACUUGUUAGGAGGUUUCGUAGCCACCAAACAGAGACACUCACCAAAUUCCAGUAAUCAAUGCCUGAUGUUCUUUGGUUUUUAUUA